CAAACACCUAUCAACGACAAGUUAGACGCCAUUUUGAAACAGUUGAAUUCAUCUAAAGAAGAGAUAGCGAAAAGUAUAGAUGAACGAUUAGAUCUUAGAGUUGCUGGUUUAAGAGAAGAAUUCUCAAAGACAAACAAGGAGUUACAGAAACUGAAAGCAGAGAAAGAUUACGUAUGGUCACGCGAGGGUAAUCGCAUUCAAUAUUCUUUUAAUGAAGAGACUUUAGAGACAUUUAAACAAAUUGAAUUUGGAAUUCAGUACGGUAAGAGUGAUUACGUAACUGAGUUAGUCAAGAAUGAGAUAGCUAGGAUCGAGAACAGAAACAAACACAUAAAAAUUGCAGAUUCGUCCGAGGGAGGCUGGGAGACCGUGAGAAACUACGUGUCCCGUGAAUUGGCUGAUGACUCCGAUGAUGACCGUCGCAUCACGAGGGCCGAGAACAAGGCCAUCAAGAAAAUCAAGGCCAAAAACGCACGUAAUGCACGUGCGCUUCCUUAUAGGUAUGGACCACGGCCCAUUCCAGCGUCAACAGCGGUCAACGACAGCACGCACGGUCAGUCUGCUGUUGGUGGUUCUCAGCUUUUUUGUGCCCGUGGAGGUCAGAGGUCAACAGGGGCCUGCUCUCACUGCGGUGACUUCUCGCAUUGGAGACGAAAUUGUCCACUCGCCAACGGACAGACCCAGCCCAAGCUCAACUCAGACAAACAAUCAACGAGGUGAAGUCCGUCACGAAGAAGCCGGGACAAAAGUUAAGUGUAGUUUUGAAUCUUCUUCACUCAAUAAUGAUACAUUUAGAAUUACAACCGAUUAUUAUGAGUAUGAGCAGGGUCAGGCUGAGAUCUGCGUGAAGAAUAGACUUAAAGAAAAUGUUUCUUUUUGGAAGUAUAUUGGAGCAACAGAUUUUGUGUUAGACAUUAUUGAAAACGGGUACAAGAUUCUGUUUUACUCGACUCCUCCAAUGAUGGAUAAGAGAAAUAACAGAUCUGCUAUUAAAAACAGUAAAUUUGUUGAUUCGGUCAUUCAAGAUUUAGUACAUAAAGGUCUCGUAGAUGUUUGUGACGUAAAACCUCAUAUAGUGAGCCCUCUAUCAGUCGCUACACAAUCGUCAGGGAGGAAAAGACUUAUUCUAGAUUUAUCAAUUAUAAAUAAACAUAUUUGGAAAACUUCAGUGAAGUAUGAAGAUUGGAGAUCAGCUUGAUGUAUAUUGAAAAAGGAGUCCCCAUAAUGUCUGCAGGAAGUUGAGCUGGACAGGGGUCAGAAUGUCCACCCCGAUAACAACAGCACUUCUCCCACUCUUACUGGUCAACAUGCUGGUCAGGCGGGACAGCGUGUGGUCAGCCAAGAGACAGCCAUGGGAGGCAGUUCUUGCUGUGGUCUGCCGGGUAUAGUUUGGGUAAUUAGUGGACAUUUUAAGAUUUAUCAUUGGUUUGAAAAAUGAUCAAUCAUUAACAAUAACAAAAUAGGUCUUCAGCAACCCAAGCUUGCCAUAAAAGGUGACUAUGCUUGUCGUAAGAGGCGACUAACGGGAUAUAUUAUUUCUUUCGUUUGAGGUACGAAUAAGAAAGAAAUUACUUUCUCCUACCGUAGGAAAAUACAACAUGGUGUUGUGUAAUAGUAGGGGGCGCUUAUAAGGGGCUAUAUAAGGUUAAGCAUGCAUAGAGUGGUCAUUCUCGCUUGCAGUGCACCACUGAAAACUUUACUUUUGUUAUGGAAGCCCAAACACCUAUCAACGACAAGUUAGACGCCAUUUUGAAACAGUUGAAUUCAUCUAAAGAAGAGAUAGCGAAAAGUAUAGAUGAACGAUUAGAUCUUAGAGUUGCUGGUUUAAGAGAAGAAUUCUCAAAGACAAACAAGGAGUUACAGAAACUGAAAGCAGAGAAAGAUUACGUAUGGUCACGCGAGGGUAAUCGCAUUCAAUAUUCUUUUAAUGAAGAGACUUUAGAGACAUUUAAACAAAUUGAAUUUGGAAUUCAGUACGGUAAGAGUGAUUACGUAACUGAGUUAGUCAAGAAUGAGAUAGCUAGGAUCGAGAACAGAAACAAACACAUAAAAAUUGCAGAUUCGUCCGAGGGAGGCUGGGAGACCGUGAGAAACUACGUGUCCCGUGAAUUGGCUGAUGACUCCGAUGAUGACCGUCGCAUCACGAGGGCCGAGAACAAGGCCAUCAAGAAAAUCAAGGCCAAAAACGCACGUAAUGCACGUGCGCUUCCUUAUAGGUAUGGACCACGGCCCAUUCCAGCGUCAACAGCGGUCAACGACAGCACGCAAGGUCAGUCUGCUGUUGGUGGUUCUCAGCUUUUUUGUGCCCGUGGAGGUCAGAGGUCAACAGGGGCCUGCUCUCACUGCGGUGACUUCUCGCAUUGGAGACGAAAUUGUCCACUCGCCAACGGACAGACCCAGCCCAAGCUCAACUCAGACAAACAAUCAACGAGGUGAAGUCCGUCACGAAGAAGCCGGGACAAAAGAUGUGUUUACUCGUGCUUAUGUUUCUGAGUUGGAGAUGUUGCCUGGAACUGCCAGGGAUUUAGCUGACCAGAUUCCGGACUUGUUGAAUUGUGCUCGAGCUGAUUCUACUAGCAGGAAAUACCAUUGCGGAUUUAAAGCGUGGCAAAGUUGCAGUAUGUGCGGUUAACGGUGUUAACCAUGAUGGCCUGUCGCCCACGACGA